AUGGACGUCCUUCAAGUAACAGAAAAAAUUAUUGAUAAAAACUUAUCAAAGGACAACGAUGAUGCAUUUUUUGUGCUGGACAUAGAAGAAGUGAAGAGAAAAUAUGAAUAUUGGAUCCAAAAAAUACCUAGAGUUGUGCCUUACUAUGCAGUAAAAAGCAAUGAUGAUGUAAGAGUGAUGAAGUUAUUAAGAGAUUUAGGUGCUGGAUAUGAUUGUGCAUCAAAGAAAGAAAUAUCACAGGUUUUAGAAUUGAAUGUAGAUCCAAACAGAAUAAUUUAUUCAAACACAAUCAAGCAAGUAUCGCAUAUUAAAUAUUCAGCUGAGAAAGGAAUCGAUAAAAUCACAUUCGAUUCUGCACCAGAAUUGGAAAAAAUUAAGCAGCACUAUUCAAAUGCAAAAGUUGUUCUCAGAAUCUUCAAUUUGGGUUUGAAAUUUGGAUGUAAUCAUGAAACUGAAGCUCCAAAGCUAAUUAAACUAUGUAAAGAAUUGGAUAUGAAUUUAAUUGGACUGUCUUUUCAUAUCGGUUCCUUUACAAACGAUCACACAGUUUAUGAAAGAGCUUUUGAGACAACUCGAAAACUUUUUGAUUAUGCUGAGACUCUUGGGAUGAAAUUGAACUUUAUUGACAUUGGAGGUGGAUUUGCUGGAAAGGAUUUAUCUAUUUUUGAUAAUUAUGCAGCAUCAAUUAAUGCUGGAAUCGAAAAAUAUUUUUCAUUAAAUGACGUUGAAAUUAUUUCAGAACCUGGAAGAUUUUUUGUCGAUACAGCAUUUUCAGUAGCUACGCAAGUUAUUUUGAAGAAGCCUUCUGAAGAUGGACAAAUUUAUUAUUAUAUUAACGAGAGCAUCUACAUGUCAUUCCUUACAAUGUUCUUGUACAAAGAAAAUUUAAAAUUUUCAGUAAUUAGAAAGACGAAAACAGAACACGAACCCAAAGAACUACUUUCAACCAUUUGGGGAUGCACAUGCAAUUCUAUGGAUAAAAUAAUUGGAAACAGGAUGAUGACCGAAGUGGAAAUGGGAGAUUGGUUGUUAUUUUUUAAUAUGGGUGACUAUACAACAACAACAUCUACUAAGUUCAAUGGAUUCAAAAAUGUUAAUGUUUAUAGUUUUGAGGAUAUUGAAAACCUUUAA